AUGAAGGCCUUAUACUCUAAUUGGGCAGCCUUGAUCAAUAUUAUUCUAAUCUUUUCACUUGUAUUCAUUCUUAUUAGUUCCAAAUCUUCCAAUAUUGUUAGAGCUGCUUCAUCAUCUACAAUCAUUGAUGAUUUUCUUGACUGCCUCCACUAUUCAUCAAUUUUAAAUCCAUCACUUCCAAUCUCUAGUGCAAUCUACACUCGUAACAACCCUUCUUUCUUACAAGCUCUUCAAGCCUAUAUACGAGAGAGUAGGUUUAACACAUCAUCUACCCCGAAACCUCUAGCCAUAGUCACGGCCUUGGAUGUAUCCCAUGUCCAAGCAACCGUGAUAUGUGCUAAAGAAAAUGGCUUACAAGUUAGGAUUAGAAGUGGAGGCCAUGAUUAUGAAGGCCUCUCAUACGUUGCACAUGUUCCUUUUGUUGUCCUAGACAUGUUCAACCUUCGAUCAAUUGAUAUUGACAUACCAAAAGAGACUGCUAGGGUUCAAGCCGGUGCAACUCUUGGUGAGCUAUAUUAUAAGAUUGCCGAAAAGAGUAAGGUCCAUGGCUUCCCUGCAGGAGUAUGCUUUACCGUUGGUGUUGGAGGCCAUUUCAGCGGGGGAGGUUAUGGGAACAUGUUACGGAAAUAUGGCUUAUCCAUCGAUAACAUUAUUGAUGCACAAGUUGUCGAUGUAAACGGUAGAAUUCUCAAUCGCAAAAGCAUGGGUGAAGAUCUUUUUUGGGCCAUUAGGGGAGGUGGUGCAGCAAGCUUUUGUGUUGUUAUAUCAUGGAAAAUCAAAUUAGUACGUGUACCAAAAAUCGUUACACGUUUUGAUGUUCCAAGGACUUUAGAAGAAGGUGCUACGGAUAUAGUUCUUCAGUGGCAACAAGUGUCUUCUACAAUCGAUAAAAACCUUUUCAUAAGAAUGCAACCAAUGGUAUAUAAACAAGAAUGUAACAAGACAAUACGAAUUUCAUUUUCAGGGCUAUAUCUUGGACGUGCAAAAUCUCUUGUUUCCUUAGUAAACAAGAGAUUUCCUCUUUUGAGAUUAAAAGCAGAAGAUCUCACAGAAAUGUCUUGGGUAGAGUCAACUGUAUCUUAUUUUAUAGGCAACGGAAAUCCUCUUGAGGUGUUAUUGGAACGAACACCUACACCGCCUCACUCGUAUUGGAAGCACAAGUCCGAUUAUGUAAAAACACCAAUUCCAAGGGCGGGGUUGGAGAUGUUAUGGAAAAAGAUGAUCGAGUUGGAAAAUAUAUUUCUUCAAUGGAAUCCAUAUGGUGGGAGGAUGAGUGAGAUUCAAAAGAAUGCAACCGCGUUUCCUCAUAGAGCAGGAAACAUAUUUAAGAUGCAAUAUCUUACAAAUUGGGUAGAUGAUAGUGCUGAGGCUACAAGUAGGAAUAUUGAAUCGAUUCGAGAUCUUUAUGCUACAUUUACUCCUUUUGUGUCUAGGAACCCAAGGGAAGCAUACUUGAAUUAUAGGGAUAUUGACAUUGGGACAAACAAAAAUGGGAGCUUAGAAUUUGCUAUGGACUUCUUUAAGGGCAAUGUGAAGAGAUUGUUGCAAGUUAAGGCCAAGGUUGAUCCUGAUAAUUUUUUCAGGUAUGAACAAAGCAUUCCAGUUUUAGUCACCUAG